UGUUUCUGCAGCCAGUGAGGCUUGGUUCCAAGCCUUUCAAUAUUUAUCAUCCAUUGCUUUAUUCACCUUUCAAACCUCACACUUUCUCUCACUCUUCUGAGUGUGUGUGUCCCUUUUCUCAUCAUCAUGAUUAAUAACCAAUAUCUUUAGCUGGCAUUUGAGCUUCUCACUACUAGUUCAUUUUGCUGAUAUACACAUCCACUUCACCUACCCUUUAAUCCCCUGUUUUCCCCUGCUUUCCACUGUUUUCCUGUUUUCAUGCUCAUGAAUUAUGGAGUACAAGUUCUCAAGUUUGAAUUUUGUCUAGCUAGCUAGCACAAGUGUCACCAAAGAUUUUCUGGGUAUCUUGCAACUCUCUAAGUCCAUAUUUGGAAAUUUUUCUACGGUUACAAAAGUCAAUUCUGGAAGGAAGUUUGUAAGUAGUUUCUAAGUGUCAGAAUUGAUUCUAAGUCAUGAUGUUGUCCGCGAAAUCUGACUCGGAUGUAACUAGCUUAGCACCAUCUUCACCUUCAAGGUCACCUAAGCGCCCUGUGUACUAUGUUCAGAGCCCUUCAAGGGAUUCUCAUGAUGGGGACAAGUCAUCUUCCAUGCAAGCAACUCCAAUAUCAAACAGUCCCAUGGAGUCUCCUUCACACCCUUCUUUCGGGCGCCACUCGAGGAACUCCUCUGCUAGCAGAUUCUCUGGGAUUUUCAGGUCAUCUUCUGGGAGGAAAAGUGGUAGAGGGAAAAGGAAUGAUAAGGGUUGGCCUGAGUGUGACGUGAUUCUGGAAGAAGGUUCUUAUCAUGAAUUUGAGGACAGGGCCUUCAUGAGGCGCUGCCAAGGCUUGAUUGCUGUGUUCACUUUUGUGGUCGUUUUCACUGUCUUUUGCUUGAUCAUUUGGGGGGCUAGCAGGCCUUUCAAAGCUGAAGUUGCUGUCAAGAGCUUGACAGUACAUAAUCUCUAUAUUGGAGAGGGUUCAGACUUCACAGGAGUCCCAACAAAAAUUCUGACAGUUAAUAGCACUUUGCGCAUGAGCAUAUAUAACCCUGCUACAUUUUUUGGCAUACAUGUGCACUCCACACCCAUCAAUCUUGUUUUCUCAGACAUCAGUGUUGCUACUGGUGAGCUGAAGAAAUACUAUCAACCAAGGAAAAGUCACCGUAUGGUAUCAGUGAACCUAGUAGGUAAAAAGGUUCCUCUAUAUGGAGCUGGAUCCACCAUAACAGAAUCUCAAACAGGUGUUGUUGUAGUUUCACUUAAAUUGAAAUUUGAAAUCGUCUCGCGAGGGAAUGUGGUGGGUAAAUUGGUAAGGACGAAGCAUCAUAAGGAAAUCACUUGUCCCUUGGUCAUUGACUCUUCAGGAUCAAAACCCAUCAAGUUCAAGAAGAAUUCAUGCACAUAUGACUGAUCCAUAUCCAUUUGUCUUGAGAUUGUGACUUAAAUUGUAUAAUCUGCAGUUUGUGAGUGUUUACAAAAUGUGCACUAGGAAAAAUCCUUCCUAGAUUCAUCUUUUCCCCCUGAAUUCAUCUGUAGUUUAAUUUACUCUUGUGAGCCUUUUGUAAAUAAAUGCAUGCAAAUUCGCAUGUGCAUCCUUUUUUUUCCCUCUUUGACAUAUGUCAGUCACGUAUUUGAGAAACAGUUGAAUGUCUCUUAUGACAAAUGUCUUUUCUAAGAUUCAAAUUUGUUCUAUCA